GGUGCUCCCAGAUUGGGUGCUGUUGGUACCAUACGUGGUCAAAAUGUCCAACAAACGUGGAACACUGCCUGCAUUUGUCUGGAUCGGUGUGCUGGUGUUGCCCUGUCUAGUUCAGACAAAGGUCAUGCAACAUUAUUCAAGGGCAACACGAUCAUACACUGGCUAUACGAGGCUGUCCAACGCCAAGGAGAUUUUGUCUCGUCUUGAUGCAUGUGGUCCAGACAAUGUCGGCAAUGAGUGUGCGUCUCUUCAUGGAUUGUGGUAUACUGCAAAACCAUUCAAACGAAGCGAACGUUAUGGAGACCUUCCGGUUCCUCAAGAUCGUCGAAGGUUUUACCGCUGCCGUGGAGACGUUGUCACAGUUAAAGACUGCGGCAAGAACUAUUUCUUUGAUCCCAAAAGGCGAUACUGUGUUCCAGAAAUGAAAGAGACGACCAAAGAGAACAAGACGAAGCCAGCGGAGGAGCAGGCGGCAACCGCCGUCAUCAGCCUCCCACCUCCAAACGGCUGGGUAUGCACCGGGCAAGUGCCGACUUCCGACUGGGACAGCACCACCACCUCGAUGGACCAGUGCUGGAAGAAGGCACUCGCUCUGAAAUCCGCAGUUCUGGUGGUAGGACCCUCUGGUUGUCAACACUGGCCGACACUUUCUAUAAAAGUCUCCGUCGAGAACUGCUCCAGCACGUCCAUCCACGUUCUGCAAGUGGGUGCCUUUCGGAAGGACCUGACUCGUCUGAGGCCAGAGUCCGAGGUUUGGAUUACAGCCAAGCGAGCGGCCGGGGUAACCUGGCAAUCCGUUGAUGAGAGUCCUGUCGAUGGGACAACACUGCCAGACUGCGUCGAGCGCUGUAUGAAGAUAGCCAGCGACUUCGCCCGCGUUGAGAGCCAAGGGUGCUCGUGCGGCGAGCAGUCCGGUCCGAGCGCCGCCGUCCAUCACGAGGACGUGCACUUUGGCCGGACACCGCUGGCGGAUGUCGACCCGGGCUUCACGCUGCGUGUGCGGUUUGGUCGAGCUGACUGUCCGCUGAGCAAGGCGGACAGCGCCGCCGACAAGCUGCCAGACUGCGAUAAACAGCUGAAACCGAACGCUACAGAGAGGUUGCGGGCAUGCGCUUUUAGCAGGAGACUAAAGCGUCGUUUGACACGGGCAGGGUGUGAAAAGCGCAAGGCGUUCACGAUCAAAAACAGAUCGCUGACAGGACUGACAUCGGAACACGCAAGAAAUAUCAAGACAACGUACCUUUAUAGAGAAGACUUAAGGCUAUGGUGGGUCUCCAAAAUCCCCCUCCGGCUAGUUUGGCGAUCUCCUGGAUACGUCACUACUUUGGAAGGGUGCAUGGAGGCAUGCACGGAUCGCUUUGUAAUAGCUGGGCCGAUGACCUGCGCCUGUGGAAGCCUCAAGGAGGAUGACCCUGAAGUCGACGUUGAAACAUGGGUGGAAGCUCAAAGCAGCAAGCCGCUUUCACCCGGAGAAGGGUUCCUGCUUCACGACAGAGAAGCGUUCGUUAAUGGCAUCAGCAGAAUGUGGUAG